AUGAUAGGGACCGCUAUUGGACUCUUUAGGAACAAAUCAGAGGGUCUAUCGGUGAGAUCCUCACAAGGUCCUGAAGACUCCAAUAGUGGUCCCUCCAUCAUGACAUCAUCAUGCUACUGUUGGAGUCUUCAGGACCUUUUGGCAGAUCCUGAUAUUGUUAUCUUCUUCCCUACAGGCAGAUUCUGCAACCGAACGUUUGACGAUUACGCCUGCUGGCCGGAUGGCGCGCCCGGAACGUACGUGAAUGUUUCCUGUCCCUGGUACCUCCCCUGGGCACACAAAGUGAUACAAGGCAAGGUGUUCCGGUAUUGUACCCUGGAGGGCACCUGGCUGGUCCGAGAUUCCAAGGAGAACUCUAGCGCCCCCUGGAGGAACCUGUCAGAAUGUGAGGACCGGUCUCUGAAGGUGCAGCCAGAAGAAGAGCUGUCCUCUCUGUCCAUCAUCUAUACCAUUGGGUACUCACUGUCCUUCUCAGCGCUGGUCAUCGCUUCCUUCAUCCUGGUGAUAUUCAGACAUCUGCACUGUACCAGAAACUACAUCCACCUGAACCUCUUCACUUCCUUCAUCCUGAGAGCCAUCUCCGUCUUUAUAAAGGACUCCGUCCUGAAGUGGAUGUAUAAUAUCGCCAUACUUGAUAACCACUGGGAUGGGCUUAUUUCCUACCAGGAGUCGCUCAGCUGCCGGUUGGUGUUCGUCAUGAUGCAGUACUGUGUGGCGGCCAACUACUAUUGGCUCCUGGUGGAAGGGAUCUACCUGCACACCCUGCUGGUUCUGUCCGUCUUCUCCGAGCAGAGGCUCCUCCGGGUCUACGUAUGCAUUGGCUGGGGUGUCCCGAUGCUGUUUGUCUUCCCCUGGGGUGUAGUCAAGUACCUCUAUGAAGAUGAUGGAUGCUGGACCAGAAAUUACAAUAUGAACUACUGGCUCAUCAUCCGUCUGCCCAUCCUCAUCGCCAUCGGGGUGAAUUUUGUCAUCUUCAUAAGAGUGAUCUGUAUCAUCAUCUCCAAGCUGCAGGCCAAUCUGAUGUGCAGGACGGACACCAAGUGCAGGCUGGCAAAGUCCACUCUGACCCUCAUCCCGCUACUGGGGACCCACGAGAUCAUAUUCGCCUUCAUCACCGACGAACACGCCAAGGGAUCCGUGCGAUACAUCAAACUUCUAUUUGAACUCUCCUUCAGCUCAUUCCAGGGAUUGAUGGUUGCGGUUUUGUACUGCUUCAUGAACAAUGAGGUUCAGGUUGAAUUUCAGAGACGUUGGGAACGAUGGAGAUUGGAGAACUUAUAUAGUCAGAGAGAUAGCAGCCUGAAACCCAUCAAAUUCCCGGCCAACAGCCUGAGCAGCGGGGUCACUGUGGGUAGCAGCGUCUAACGGCGGCGUCUUUUCAUGGACAGAUGGGUAGUGACUGCAACAGUGUCCCCUACUUUGGGGUCAUCAAAAGGAAACUCCGUGAGGUCCAUUGAUUUGAUUGAUUUGCACAAGAAGACAAAAAAAAAAAGCCCAUUCUCUAUGUAUUUUUCAGACGAUAAUCACAAUCUCAUGAGUCGGAAGUCAAGACACGGAAGGCCAGGAAAUUCCAAGAUUGGAAAAGUUUCCACCAACAUCUAAUAUGUGGGGGUGGCACCCUUAGCAUGUUACCACAGAACACGGAAGAAUAACGUUUUAACAUUUCAAGUCUCAGGAUGGAUUGAAGUUGAUACAGGUCUUUAUAUCGUCAGGCUCGUCAGGCUCUCAUGUGCCGUCCACCACGUUCCAUGAACACAAACCUUCUGUGACCGGGAGGACCACAAGGAAUGGACCACCUACACGUGUUUUCUCACUCUUUCUAGAACUUGAGAGAUCGAAAGAGUUUUUUUUUUUUUUUUUCACUUUCCAGAUGCCUCGCCGAUAACUUUUCUCAUGACUUUUUUGCAAGGAGAAUGUGAAUUGUUUUCAAUCUCAACUAUCAGGGCUAAACCAUUCCAGGACCACAACUCACAAGAACUGAACUCAUAGCUAAACAAGAACACAUCCAAAUAGUAUUAUGACGGGGU